AUGCCACCACUCUCUACACCAACUCUAGAUUAUGCCACCACUCUCUACGCCAACUCUAGAUUACGCCACCGCUCUGAUAACGAUAAACCAGAGGAGUGUAAUGUGUGUUACAACAAUUAUGAUGAAGAACUACGACGGCCACGCAAUCUGCCGUGUGGCCACGCAUUCUGCACACAAUGUAUUGAAGAUACAAUAAAUAAUGUUCAAUUAACCUGUCCCAGCUGCCGUGCUGAGCACAGUGCCACAGCUGCUACUCAGUUCCCAAUCAGUUAUGGUAUGGAGGCUUUCAUGAAGAAAUUUACAAGUAUGCAGGUCACAUCGGUUGGCGCAGUGUCAGCAGAACCUGGUCAAGAUCACACAAGAGGCAUCGGCAAGAAGUUACAGUCUAGGGUACAGGAACAGAAGAACAGUAUCAGUUACCUUAUAAGUAAGUGUGAGGAAGUACUGUCUCAGCUGGGCAAGUACCAGCAGCAGGUGAGGGACUGGAAGACCCAGCACCAUCAACUGCAGGACAGACUCAAUGAUCUGAUGGAACAGAACAAGGCAGCAAUAGAGCUCCUGGAACAGGAAGAUACCAGUGUGGUAAAUAUGACAACAGAAGGAGAGGCAGGAAAGAAGCAGCUGCAGACCAUACUGGAGUGUCUCGACACAGUCAACACUGUACAGGAGGUUGUCUCUACCAUUGUUGAAGCUGAUCAGUACGACGUGGAAGGUGAAGACUGGAUCCAGAAGUGUCAGGCACUCUUCCCAGAUGUCAACACUGUCUGCACCUCAGUGAAGGUGCAGGAGACUAUCAAGAAAGCUCUGGACAUGACCACAAAGAUAGGUGCCACAACUGUCCCUGUCCUGGAAGAUUCUGGCUCCACCAUCAUGGAGAAAGUUGAGAGAAUUACUUAUGAAAUACCUCUCAAGAAGUUAACUGUUGAUCACCUUCGUGGGAUGAGUGAGAGCAUCAAGAGGCUGGUGGAGGCUGGCCUGGUGUUUGGUGUCCAGCAAGACAAAGAAGACCUCCGCUACUCCAAGAUAACUUCACAAAAUGGUGAAGUGCAUCUCCACGCUCUCCAGCACCAACCACUACCCACCCACACUAUCCAGGUACUUAGCUACAAUACCACUCUUACUGUACCACCCACACUAUCCAGGUACUUUAGUACACUUACUACUCCUAUAGUAUACAACCAUCUGCUCCCACCCUCCAUAAACUCCUGCACUAACACAAUGGUAUAAUUCAGAGAGCUGAGGAGGAGUUGAUGAAAUGAUUUGUACAUUUAGAGAGGAAGGAACAGAAUAAGAUGACCUAGACGAUGAUUAAAUCUUCCAGUGGAAAGCAGGAUAGGGGUUGUCUUAGGAGAUGAUGGAAGGAGAGAAUGAAGGAGGUUUGGAGCAGUAGAGAAUUUAUCAUGUAGCGUGAGUAUGUGAGCAUCAG